AUGAAAGCAGUCAACGGUGAACACACCAUCAUCACUGUCCCUGAUGCUCGCGACCACGGCAGUAUUCGCAAAAUCUUCUCGAAUGCAUUCAGUGACAAGGCUCUGAAACUUCAGGAGCCGCUCAUUCAAAAAUACGUCGACAAGCUCAUCAUGAACAUCCACAAGGAGGUAAAUUCGCAGCCGAGUACCGAGCUCGACAUGGUGAUGCUCUACAACUGUACCACAUUCGACAUCAUGGGAGACCUGGCUUUCGGAGAACCUUUGGGUCUUCUCGAGCAAUCGGGUUACACGCCAUGGGUGAAAGCCAUCUUCAAAAGCAUCAAGGCUGCUCAGUUCAUGCGUAUUGGGCUGGAAUUCCCAUUGCUUGGAAAGAUCAUCCAGAAGCUGAUCAUGCCACACUCGCUUAUGAAGAAGCGGAUAGAGCAUUUUCAAUAUUCGGCCGAUCGCGUGGACCGCCGGCUGGAGAAGGGCACGGACAAACCUGAUAUCUGGAAUUUGGUCCUGAAGAACGGGACGGGACAGCUAAGCACCGGAGAAAUGCACUCCAACGCGGCUACUUUCAUGCUCGCUGGGACGGAGACGACGGCAACGCUUUUGAGUGGACUCACGUACCAUCUGCUCAAAAACCCAGACAAGAUGGAAAGGCUCGUCAAAGAGAUUCGAAGUCUUUCCGAGGAUGACCUCUCGCUUGAGAACUUGCCGCGCAUGCCAUACCUUUCCGCUUGUUUCGAAGAAGGCUUGAGAUGCUACCCACCGGUUCCUAGCGCCUUGUUCCGAGAGGUUGCCGACGGCGGAAACCAAAUCUGUGGGCAAUGGAUCCCGCCAAAGACGCGUGUUGGCGUUACUCAAUUCGCUGCAUUCCACUCACCGCUCAACUUCAAGGAUCCGAAUUCCUUCGUUCCUGAGCGCUGGCUUCCGGGGACCGGAUAUGACAGUGAUAAGAAAGACGCAAUGCAGCCAUUUAGUGUUGGACCACGGAACUGUCUGGGCAAGAAUCUUGCGUAUCAUGAAAUGCGUAUCAUUUUAGCGAAGGUUUUGUGGAACUUUGACUUGGAACUCUGUCCGCAGAGUGAUUCAUGGGCGGAUCAAGAGUGCUAUAUUCUUUGGGAGAAGCCAGGACUUUUUGUGCGAGCGAAGCCAAUCCGCUAA